UAUUUUCUGACGGAUUGCGAGGCAUUUAUUGUGUAAGGUUCGAUCUGGAACCAAACUUUGCGGGCUUUUUGGGAAAGAGAGGAAAUUAAUAGGUACAGCUAAACUUUUAUCGUAACGAGGCGUUGAUUUGCUUAGUUUGUGGUGGAAAAUGCAAAUUAGAGUAUUUAAAUUUAGAGUUUUCAGAGUACAAAAUAUGUGUGUUCAGUUUGCUGUUUGUUAUCUCUUUUUUCUUUAUGUGGAGAUUAUGUCAGGCGUGACAGUUAACUCACAGGAGUAAAGCCGUCUUUGAAGACAUGGCACAAAGUUUCCGGUUUUGUUUAUGAAUUUGCGUUUGCAAGAGGUUUUCGGUUUUACUUGAAAAAAAAUUCCGUUUUACUUGAAUUUGUCAGGCUUUGCUGUUGAUCGGAGUAAAGAAAACAGUAAAUAGUAGACAUAGCUCGCAAGAAUCGGGGAUUUUUUUCUUUUUAAAUUGAAGCGACCGUGAUUUUGUACGGAAAAGAAAAUUUUAUGAUAUUUCUGGGAAGUGGACGGUUGCUUUGGGCCCGUGCAAGGACUGGAGGUUCGGGCCGAUAAUUUCUUGCUAUCUUUAUCCUCAAACCUGGCGGGGGAUAUCUUUAGUGGAAAUUUAUGCGAGGAGCUUUGAGAAAAUUUGUCGGUUAAGUGGGAGAUAGGAAUAGAUUUUUCUACUGUUUGAGAGACGGAUUGAAUCUUUAUACUGUGGGAGAAGGUGAAGAAUAUUUGUAGCAUCAGAAAGGAGGAUUGUUAGUGAGAAUCAUAUGUCUUGUCGCCUUAGUUGCUUUGAGGGUUAUUGAAAUUAUCAAAGCAGGACAAAAUAUCAAAUCUGAAUUUCUUGUCAUUUCUGGAUCUGAUGCAAUUGCUAUUGAUGAAAUUUGUUGUUUCUUUCGAAUUGGGAACUUGCUGAAACAUUUGAUUCUUCGAAUUCAUGGCGAAAGCGAGUAAUUUGAGAAAGGAAAAGGCUCCUUUUGAGCGGCGUAGGAAAGUUUGCUGUUGAGAGAUACAUGGUUUGGCUGAAUUGCAAUAUAUGUGUGGAGGUUUUCGUCUUUUGAUGCAUACUGUGACUGUAAUCUUUGGAGGAUGAACAAGUUUCUGACAGCAAGGGACAUCUCCUUCUGAAUUAUCAAAUCCUCUGGUUCAAGAUCACCUACAGAAAUGUAUAAUGCUCAAUCAUUUACUGUUGGCACAAACUCACCAUCAACUAGUCUUGGUCGCUCCACUUCAAAUGGAAGACAGAUGGUUUUCUCACAGGGAAGCACAGAUUUCCAGAAGGCGCAACAAAUGUUUCAAGUUCAACAGUUAAGAAAACAAGAGUUAAACGAAUUUGAUUGCAAGUCCUCUGAUUGUAAUACUUCUGGUUCGGCUUCUAUGAUAGCACCAAUAGCGUGUUGCAUGCCAGAAAAUUUCCAGGCAUCAACAGGUUUGAUGCGCUAUCAUUCAGCCCCUGGCUCAUUUCUUGCAACACUAGCAAACAAUGGUAAUGAUGCUAUGCCUCAUGUUUCUGGAUCCAGACUUGACAAUGGGUUGUCUCAAAUCCUCUCCAAUGAUUCAGCGCUUACAUCAGAAUCCAACUCUGGAGUAAUGAAGCACAAGGACUCUAGCCAAUCUAGCAACAUACAACAAGAGACGCACUCCAAAAACCAAGAUGAUUACUCGAGAAUGACUGUUCAUAACACCUCUCACCUGGGUAGGAGUACAAGUAAUGUUGCAGAGGAGAAUAUGAGCAAAAACAGUCAACUUGCUACAAUACUUGAGAAUGGGGUAGAUGUCUCUAGAAGCAGCUUUUGUGGUUCUCCGAUGUCAAUAAUGUGCCAAGCACAAGGAACUCGGCCUGGAGAGCAGCUUGUAAAUGCUACUUAUAAAUGUGAUCCUCUUCUCUAUGACAGUCUUAAUUCAUCAGGCGAAACACCAGGUAGCCUAACUUCAGUGGCAAAAAAUAGCCUUAUUCGGCACAGUAGCUCACCCGCAGGAGCCCUGUCUCAGGUUACUUCUAAUGCAACGCUUAUGGCUGAAAGUGGUUAUUUGGAAAGAGCCGUGACGAGUGGUAACAUGGGAAUGACAGCGCUUGCUUCUGUUAAAAGCUCAGGUGGUAAUUUGGUUGCAUCAAAUAGGCUGAGUCACCACAUGAACUUUCUGCGACAAAGUAGCUCUCCUGCUCAGCUAUUGAAUCAGCUAAACAUGGAUAUGGAUAUCCCAGAAAUUGUGGACAAGUUCAGCAUGAAUGUUGAUGGCUCUUCUGCAGAGUGCCUUGUUAGGUGUAGCUCAGAGGCGUCCAGAUUAAGCAAUGCAGGGAGAAGCCAAGGAUAUAUUCCAAGCAUAUCAAGUGGAUCUUGGGAGGAUGGAACAAUGCUUUCUGGAAACUAUGAAGGUAUUCAAAAUCAUGGAAGGAAGCGUGGAAGAGAUAUAGACGAGAAAAUGAUAAGUGGUCUUCAUUUACCAGAAAAACUAAAGGGUGAGGCUGGGAGUAAUUCUGUCUCAGCAUUAGGCAAUCAUCAUUUUGGCUUAUUCAAAUCAACAUCUGCAGAAAUGGCCAUGGAGAAACUUUUGGAAGACUCUGUUCCUUGCAGGAUCAGAGCAAAGCGAGGAUGUGCAACACAUCCCCGAAGUAUUGCAGAGAGGGUGAGAAGAACGCGUAUCAGUGACCGUAUGAGAAAAUUGCAGGAGCUUGUGCCAAAUAUGGACAAACAAACAAACACAGCGGACAUGCUCGAUGAGGCUGUUGAAUAUGUUAAGCUCCUUCAGAAGCAGGUUCAGGAGCUUUCUGAGAAACAAAAAGAAUGUGACUGUGCCUCCAGAAAACAGCAUAUGUUAACAAAACAUGGGCUUGUUGAAGAGGAAGGAGUUCAGAUCUGAGUAAAGCCUUAAUAAUGCAUCCUUGCCCAUAUCCAGGCCGGUGUAGUGCCCUAUUAUUAACGAGACUCCAUUAUACUUUCUACUGAUUCUUAAGAGGGUACCUAUAGAAGUAUAAUUCCCUUGUUAUGUACGAGGUUCCAUUGUCACUCUGGAUUAAGUUCUUUGGAUUUCCUUAACAAAUUUCUGGAGUGCCUCUACAUCUAAAGUAUGCUUUGUCUUUAAUAUCAAGUUCGAUUCACAAGGUUCUCUGCUCUGUAUGGUCCAAGCCUACAAUCUUAUGUAGAAACAAGUUCUUGCACAUGCAGGCUGUGUAAUUCUUCCAAUGAUAUUAGCAUAUCCUUUUGUGGCAGGAUUAGCUUGUCUUAAUUCUUCCACUCCAUUUGCUCAUAUAUUGGUAAUUAUUAUCAGGUUUCAGACCAAGAAGCUGUCAGUAUAUACUGACAACUUCUUUACCCUCUUUGCUAAUAAUGAAACUGUACACUACUAUUAUCUCAACUGCUCAGGUUUACAGAUAUCGAUUGGAUAUCAAUGCCCCUGAAGUUCCAUUAUGGAUCUGUCAACAAAGUGGGUGCAGUGAAUUGUCCAAAUUUCCAUAUGGGGAAUACUUUCAAUAUUGAAGAUAUGUAUGUAUACAAGCUAUAAAGCUACCUACCAAUGUAUGGUAGCAACAGGACUAAUUCACUCUCUUGAGGUUCUGCUUUGGCAGGCAGUGCACUAAAUUGUAAAGUUUAGUCUACAUCGGAGAAAGCUUUUCAAUAUUUUAGAUUGUUUACAGCUAUGACACCCAUGGUAAUCCAUGUGCUUGUAAAAAUGAUUUUCUUUUGGAAUUAAUUUAAGAGAAGCAAGUGUUUGUCAA